GGGAGUUUUAGUGCAAAUUAAUAGAUGUGGUUAGUUUCUUUUUGGCAAAACAGCACAUAAUUGUACUUCGCCACUUGGAAAACUUUGAUCGUGAAGCGGUGGUUCGCCGUACUGGAGCAUCCUUCCAUCGUCCCAUUUUUUAGCCAAACUUUCAGCGCGUUGCCCUAGUUUUGUUUAUAGAACAAAUCGUCUCCAUUAAAUACCUACCGAUAUGGAUUCAUUAGGUACGGAGAUUGGCCAGAAGAUGCGGAGCGCCGUUAAAGCAAAGCUCAUCGAAUUGGGGACCGGUUCGGCUAGUGGCUACAUCGACGAUGAGCUGCCAGAUUAUGUGAUGAUCAUGGUGGCGAAUAAACGGUCCCGUCAGCAAAUGAUUGACGAUUUGUCAUUGUUUCUCGGUGCCCAAACAGAAGUGUUCGUUAACUGGCUACAUCAGGUGCUACAGAAAUUACAAGAAGUAACGCUUCCGGCAUCGGCUGCGACAAAAAAGAAACCUAGCGAGACGGAAGAAAAGCGUAAGGAUAAGAAGCGCAAGGAUAAGAAAACUAAACGUCGCGACCGAAGCACAGAUAACGAAGAGGAGGUUACUGAUGAGCCUGGCCCGACGCGAUCCCCGGAUGGUAACAAUACGCCACCGCAGCCAGCGGUGGUGCUACCCGGAAGUUCUAUAACUGAGGUUUUUGCGAACCAGUACAUAGAGAAGGCGAAAAAAUCCCUUGAGAGUGCCCCGAUCACAAAGAAGACUUAUCAGGAGUCUACUGCUGCUGUAAGGGACCAACAGAGCAAAACACCUCCGGCUGCUAAGGGUGGAUCUGAGUUACCAUCGAUUACGGAAAUAGCCAGUGCCACCGUGGUACGGAAGCACCACAAGGAAUUGUGUGAGCUGGAGGAAAUACAGCAGCGUAUAAACGAAGCAAAGCGGCAUCUUCAAACGUUGGGGACCGACAUUUCGGACGACGACGACGAAGAUUUGCUUCAUUUGAAGGCAAACGAGGACGAUUUAGAAACUGAAGAAUCCCGAAACGAACGAACGUCAACAGCGGUCGCUCGAAGUAACAAACCCGUGGAUCGAGAAGCAACGGUCAACAAACAACGGCAAAGAAUAACGAUUGCACCACCAGAACCAUCCAAGCAGGUGACGGCUGCUCGAAGUACAACGCCUCCUAAAACAAGUGAAAAAGAUGCAGUUGCGUCUUCGCCGGUUGCUAAGAAACGUUCUGUACUGGAUCGUCUAGGAUCGAAAAGUUCUGUUGCUUCCGAUUCAACAAAGAUUGAGAAAUCGAAAACCUCAGAGUCGGGUUCAAAUGAGAUUUCGUCGAAAUCUGCUGCCAAGCCUGCUGCUACUGGAACUGAAAGCACCAACAGCUCCAAAAGCACCAUCAUCAGUCUGUCGGCCCAUCGGCGAGAGGAAAGGGAAAUAUAUGUGCCCCUGUUUCGGCGAAAAGAAGGCGCGUCGAAAGAGCAGUCCACCGUGAAAGACAAAUCUCGACACGAGCAGCAGCAACAACAACAUCAGCAAGUAAGAGGUAGAAGUCGUGAACGAAACAAUCGAGCCAAGCGGUCUCCCGUGUCACGAGUAACGUCGCUGCGGGAUGAUGGCAUUGCGUCGAGAAACCAAGAGAGUAGCUAUCGACGUGGUGCACGUGCGGAAAACCCUCCCGUGCGUGAGGCUCGCGCCAGGGAGCGAUCACGUAGUCGCGAGCGGAAUAGAGCAUCUGGUCGCGAACGGUCCGCAUCCAUUGGUAGGCAGUCAAAAAACGGCAUAGAUAGCGUCCGAGGACGCAUUGGAUCGCGGAUUAUCGUGCUACCACCGAAGCCCGAAUUUCAGGAGGACGAAAUCGAAGUCCCAGUUGCAAGCGUCAUCAAAAUACAACCGAGGCCGACGAUGCCGAAGAGCAAGCAACCUAGCAAAAAUCUUCUCCUGAAGGCAAUGGCCGAGGCGCAACGUUCAACCGUGGCAACCGUACGGAAAACCAUCGAUAAUACGACGGCUAUGAUGGAUAGUAAGCUGUCGCAUUAUUCCCGCAUGGAAGGGAAACGAAAGUUGGUGAUUGAAAUUCCCGGUGGGCACAGCAUACAGCCAGGAAUGGAAGUACAGUAUGCCGACGAGGACGAAGAGCACUACCAGCUGCACAAGAACGUACCGCUGUAUGGUGAGUUUCUCGACGACGAGGAAGUGCAUGAAGUGGACCUUGCGAAACAAGUUCUCAUGGAGGAGUGUGACGUUGAUGAGGAAUUCAAAGAUAUUCUGCAAAGUGAAAAUGAAUCAACACUGCAUAGGAUUCAUCAACGCGAACCGCAUCAUUCGGAGUAUGCAGCGGACGAUUCGGAGAAUAUGGUGCAUCCGGUCAACGCAAUCGGCGAAAGUGAAAACACAAAGUUUGUCGUUACCCUGGAUGGGGCCUACAAGUCUAUCCUAGAUGGAGACGGCUCACCCAGUCAUACGCCGCCCCCGCCGGCAUCGUCGGUGGUAGGGGGUUCCGUCAAAGGUCGCCUAUCGGUUAAGGAUCGGAUCGGCCCUAAACAGCCCACCAGCAGUCGGGAGCGUUCACCGAAACCGAAGGAUUCGAAUGAACUGGAAGAAACACUGAAAAAGCGCAAAGAACGGUUCAGCGAAAAAUUGGUUCCAGUGUCGGCACCAAAAUCACCCCAGCCAAAGAAAUCUCUUUCUCCACCACCACCUUCCACUACGAACCGUGGUUCAAAGCAGCAGUCGCAGUCGCGCUCUCCGAAACCACCGAGCUCUACGCGAUCUUCGCACUCCACGCAAAGCCACGCAUCAUCUCAACGCCGAACACCGUCCCUUAGUCCAGAACCAGUGGUAAGGCAGCGCAAUGCCUCUCCGCUGGAGAAACCGAAGCAAUCGAAGCGUCCAGCCGCCGUUCGAAAUGUCACCAGCUCGCCCGGCCAUUUGAACGAGCUGCUGCUGCAGCGCACCAGAGAAUUGAUGGACGAUAGUGUGUCCUCGUCGCCUAUCUACAUGUCCAAAUCGGACUAUGAUAAGAUGGAGCCUUCGUCGCGCAAGCGAAAACGGGUCUCGCCCAUCCAGUUCGAUCUGACCGAUGAGGAUGAUAUGCACGAUAGCGAGGACGACUAUCACCGUGAUCGGCGGGACCGAAGCCGGGACGAACGCAACCCAAGACGGAGCCGACAGCGCGAUAGCGAGGAGCGCAGGAGCGCACCAAGAAAAGACUCUAGACGUGAGUGGGACCGCGAAAGUGAGCGGCGAGACAGUAACUCCGCUCGUCAGUCGCCAGGCAAGAAGAUAAAGAAGCUGGAAUCUACCCGCAAAUUUGACGAUCUUCCACCGCUGCUCAGCGCAGUGACGGUGUCCGAUGGGAAAACGCACAAGUCGGUUGGUGGUGGAGCGAUCAAGGAACGCUGCAAAUAUUUCCCCAACUGUCGCCAGGGUGAUGCGUGCGAGUUCCUGCAUCCGAGCACCCCCUGCAAGGCUUUCCCGAACUGCAAGUUUGGGGACAAGUGCCUCUAUCUGCACCCGAUGUGUAAAUACGAUCUGACCUGCCACCGGCUAGACUGUACCUUUAUGCACACAAAAGGCUCAUCGGUGGCCGGUUCCUCGAGCUCUCUUGCUGCACCACCACUGGCAUCAUCCGUAGUGCCAGUGCAAAACUACAAAACGAUCAGUGCGAAACCGUUGCCCCCUCUGUGUAAGUUCUAUCCAAAUUGCGUCAAUGGCCAGUGCCCAUUCUACCAUCCGAAGAUGUGUCGCUUCGGCAGGCACUGUGUCAACAAGGUGGAAUGCAAUUUCUAUCAUCACGAGCUACCCCCGGGCGAAAUGCAUGAGGCUUCGGCAAAGGAUAAGUUCAAAUGGAUCUCGCCAUUCUCGGCUUGAGCAGGAAGAAGAAUGUGAAUCAUCUUGCGUAACUUUGCGAUCGUCAAAAUCUUAAUCCAUGGGAAGAUGCCGGCAGGAGGGCACAAUGUAAGAGAUGUUUACGACGGUGUAAUUAACCCAGACCGACAGACAAUUUCUGUUGGACACGUUUUACCCAAACAUUUCCUUUUUUUAAUUUUUUUUAUAACCUCGACUCUACUACGGCAUCUAGAGAUCGCUUAAAAAUUUCGUGUGUACAAAAGCAGACAGAAAAUAGUGGGCAAAAGAAUUUAACUGUCUCCAGCUUUACGAAACAUAAUUUUUCUUAACCGAAUUGCUCGGUAAAUUUCGGCCGCAUUUCAUUUCCCAUACUUUUUCUGUGGAAUUGUUUGUGUAGUAGGGCCAGAGACAUACUGGGAAAACAAACUUUUAGCAUACAAAAACCCUGUUCAUCAUCCGUACAGUAUAUCGAUAAGGAUAUAGCACGUCCAGAAAAUUCGAAUGCAAUUAUGGUGUAGCUAUUUAUUACUUUUGUUAACGUACAACAAAAACAAUGCAAAAUGAACCUCCCAUAGAUUUUAUCCAAGAUCGUCAUACGUGAGCACAGGGUAGAAACGGGGUAUGCUAACGUUGAAUUGGCCGAUAACGAAGAUCCAGUGACUAUAAUAUACGUGUGACACAUCUCAUGACAAAUGGCCAGCCGUGAGCGACGAUGAUCGAUAGCCCAGAGAAGCAAAGAUUUUGUGUUCAAUCCCCAGUAACUGAACGAAUUAAAAAAAGAGUGCACUAUUAGAGAGGAUUAAUUUCAUGCACUCUGCUUUAAACUUACAACUUUGAACUAGCAAUAAUCCAUAGUUAGGCUGAUUAGGCGUUUCGUUCAGUUACGCAAAGAUGCGCGUAACUGGCAAUGAGAGAAAAUUAACGAAGCAAAACAUAAAAUUCAGUCAUUAUUGUAGGUAACGUUGGCUUAAAUGUUUUUCUACCAUGUAUGACACAAAAUGUACAACAAAUUCUGUAAGCAAACGCUAGCAAGAAGAGGAGAAAGUGGCACUCUAGCAGGUGUAGAAAGUUCUAAGAAAUUAUUAAAUGCUACGAAGCGGAAGAAAAU